UUUAAUGGAGAGACAUUUAAUUUCAUUAUUUUGAAGGCAUCUUUUCUCUACAGCAUUUCUUUGCAUGUGCCUAAGUUUAUUUCACAAUACUAUGUAUAUAUGAUUCGAGAGGACACAGGUGGAGGAUUAGCAUGAACUGACCUUUGGCCUAUACAUUCCUCACAUCCGAACGCAGUCUAUGCCAGCACCAUUAUAAAGAGCAAAGUGACACUGUCAGGGUUUUCUAUUGACACUAAAGUGCAUACAGACAAUCAGGCAGAGCUUUCUGGGCAGUGGGAUAACAUCAUGGCUUUAGAGCUAAGACAUUCUGAUGACAGGGAUGUUUCUAUUAUAAGUCAAACCCCUCCAUGCUCCCCUUGCCAGGGUAUAAAAGGUAAGGUAAUGGAUGGAUUGAGCAGCACAGGCCAGCCUACGCCACACGGUACAGCUAUACUCAAGCAGACUCUCUAGAACCCCAUCAACAUGUCUCAGACUAAGUCCGCCUCCAGCCAGGGCACUGAUGCCAAGGAUAAGGGUGCCCCUGCCCCUCCUGCAUCUAGCAAGACCACCAAGACUGGAGAUGCUGGAAUGGGCAACUACAGAAUGAUGCUGUUUGACCAGGAAAAUUUCCAGGGCAGAAUGAUGGAGAUCUACAAUGAGUGCAUGAACAUUUGUGACCAUGGAAUUGAUAGAGUAAAAAGUAUCAUUGUAGAGUGCGGCCCCUUUGUUGCCUUUGAGCAGACUAACUUCCGUGGGGAGAUGUUUAUCCUGGAGAAGGGUGAGUAUCCUCGCUGGGACACCUGGUCCAACAGCUACCGCAGUGACUGCCUCAUGUCGUUCAGGCCCAUACGCAUGGACCCCAUGGAGCACAAGAUCUGCCUGUAUGAGCUGUCUGAUUUCCAGGGCAACAAGAUGGAGAUCCAUGAGGAUGAUGUCCCCACUCUGUGGGCACAUGGUUUCUGUGACCGAGUGGGCAGCGUGAGAGUUCCCGGUGGGGCUUGGGUGGGAUACCAGUACCCAGGCUACAGAGGCUACCAGUAUCUAUUUGAGUGUGGAGACUACAGACACUAUAAUGAGUUUUGUGCCUUCCAACCUCAGAUUCAGUCUAUUCGACGUGUAAGGGACAUGCAGUUUCACCAGCGUGGUAGCUUCAGCCUGACUGCUGCUAAACAAUGAAACAGGCCUUCUGCGGAGUGAAGCCCUCUUAUGGUGCUUUUUAUCCCCUCUUCCUGUCCUUGCUCUGAUACUCACUUCAGAUUGAUAUAAAUUGCACCAGACAUCUGACUGACUUCUUAUAAUGCAAAUAAUAAACAUUUAGGAAAAUUAA